UUAUACCCGUCAAAUCAAAUCUUUCAGCACGUGAGAAAGGUGGAUCGUUGAAUGCUCAGAAUGUUCUUAUAUCUGUAUGAGAAAACAUGGUAUUCGAAAAGACUGGUAAAGUUACCAUAUCCGUAGUUGGGUAUCCAGGCUCAGGAACGGAUGUUCGCCAACAUGUUGGGAAAUCUUGUCUCAUAAACCGUUUUAUGGCCCCAUACAGGUUCAAUGAAAACCACUUGUCAAUUUUAAGUUUGUCAGAUUAUGAUAGUGAAGUCAUCUGUUCAAGCCACUGGCUAUAUUGGGGAGACAGUAGUGUGAAUGUUAACGGCUGUAAACUACAUAUCCAAAUAAUUGAGCAGUGUGACUUUGUGGAUGACCAUCUUUUCCAACCUCUUCUCGAACCCAGACCAUAUGCAGAACGAUGUUUGGACUUUAAAAUCACCUUGCAUUCAAGAAAGUUGUGUUACGUUUGUAAGGAGCAGCUUGGGCAUGAGUCGGCUUUUCCUCAGGUUUAUCUUGAACCCACCACUUUAUUUGUAGAUGUCUUUGUAUGUGUAUAUGACAUGUCAUUAUGUGGUCCUUCAGCUCUGCAACAGGCUGCCUUUUUAGGUCAUGUCAUCACUCGUCUUUCGUCUCUUAAGUUUCCAGUGGUUGUCGCAACAUCUAAACAUGAUAUGAAUGUUUCUAGUCAGGCCUCAACUCUCUUUAAAGAUACACUCAGUGGAUGUAAAAAACAUUGGAUGAAAAAUCUGUGUAUCGUAGAAACGUCUUCACGUCUAAAUGUAAAUGUCAAAACUGUUUUUCAAUGUGCUGCAGUUUUUGGACACCACAAACGUGCUAAUAAGUACAAACUCCAUACUGGCCUUUUACGUUGUUCACUCAGAAAAUCAUCCAACGAACGCAAACCGUUCCCUAUGUGUUUCGGAAAGUCAGUGUGGUCUAGUAUACGUUGGGUUCAUUAUGGUACCAGUUCAUGUGAUACAAACGUCCAUUCGAUUAGCAGCGAAUUUCCAAAUGUUCGACAUGUAUCUUAUUUUCCUCCACUUGUACAGUCUCUCACAUUUCCUAAACAGCAUAAUAAACUAAGAAUUCCUGAACGAACCAUUUUACCACAGAUGAUUGGCGUAAUCGAUCCAAAUAUUCCUAUCACAAACCCCAGUUCACCCUUGGAAACGAAAACCUAUCAAAUGAACGCAAGUCUAUUUCCUGAUACCCAUUUUCCUGAAAACAGUUCUUUUGUUCAAGACAUAACUUUACCAAAAAUAAGUGAUGUAUGUGAUCUAUCUGUCUUACCAACCCCUCCACCACCUCUUCUUCUACCUGGUCCAUGCAGUCGAAGUUCUUUUGAACCAAUCAAUUCAUCUUCCAUUGAAACUCGUAAAUCAGUAGCACUUCCUGCCAAAUGUCCAGACUUAUCUCAAAACAUUCCUGCCGGAAAUCCGUUUGUAAAAAUCUAUGUACGUGGGCAAACAGAAACCUCUAAUUGUGCCGCAGCAGCAAUGCGAGACCUUUGUCCAUUAGAAUUCUACAUUGAUAAAACUGGACGUCAGUUUCGUGUCAUAAUUUUUUCAAAUUCUUCUAAAAAUCUUCGUAAUCAAACACCUAUUCUCAAUCCUUUGCCAUUCUACUCAGAUCCUCCUAAUCGUCGUCCAAAUGGUCUAACCAUUCAACCCGUUCAUAUGUCUCUGACAGCAUCACAGAUGUCAGCGUUCUCUGCCCCGAAUAGUAGUUCAUUGGGAAACAAUUUUGGUACUGCUGCUUAUGGUAAUCAUAAUAAUAACAAAGAUUGUAGUCCAAUUGUUGAUUCGGUACAGGGAAAUCUAACGUUAACACCAUUCAGCGUUAAUAAUUCAAUGCCUCCAAGUUCUUUCCAAAGUUUUAAGGCUAAUCACUUGAAUACUUUGACAGAAUAUUGUGUUUAUUUAUUCAUAUACAAGAAUAUUAACGAGCUUUUAGAAUGUUGUGAACUAAUUAAACAUGAAUCAUCAAUUUCCACUGUCCAAAAACCGAUAAAAGUUUUGGCUUAUUUAUACUGCAGUAAUUAUGACGCAUUUGAAGAAAGAAAUGUAAUCCUCUCUGGACUAAUGGCUUCAUCGCGUUUUAGAAUACCUUAUUUGUCUGUAAAUUCUGAAUCAGUAGCAGUGUUUCUGGAUAAUCUCCUCUACUUAACAACUAAUACCCAGAUAGAAAAAGAUCAAACAACAUAUACUUCCAAUUCUAAUAUUUCUUUUAUUGACUGGAGAAGUUUCAUAAAUGUUGAUUAUUUAUCCAUUCUUACAGAAUUCAUUUGUCUAUCAGAAGACUUUAUGGAUAAGCUAAUUACAGAAGAUAAAUUCAAAUUUGUCGGAUUAUUAACAGCGUUAAUCCUGUCAAACUGUAAUAUAGUAUCCGGUUGUACUGAUUCACAUAGUACAAACCGCAAAUUAUUCUUUGUACCUUCAACAAUUUAUCGCGAAGAUCCGCAAUCGUAUUGUAAAAGUAGAAAGAAUUCCUCAUGCAUUUACGUGCAUUUUGUACAAUUGGACGAAGUUAUUGAAUCCGUUUUAUGCCAGUCUCCUACGUUCUCAACGGCUUAUAGUCCUCGUGCCCUACUUAUCCACUAUUCUUCAUCUUCCUGGUCCGAAGUUGGAAUUGAUAUUGAAGAUUCUCUCAAUAAACUUUGCUCUGCAUUUGAUUUAAAUACUUUUAGUGAAUACAAAUUCACUCCAGUGAUAUUACUUGUCGCGUUUCACUCAGGAUCUUCCCAACAAAUCCCUGUAGAAGCUGAAGGCAUUAUCCAUGGGCUAAAACUUAUUCAACGCUUAGCACAUGACUAUAGUUGCCCACUUCUUUUACCAUCAUCAGAAUACGAACCAGUAAAAGUCCAAUUUAGAAAAAAUUCAAUCUCUUCUGGUGUGUCUACAGAAUGUGAAAGUGACCACAUCAACAUGUGCGAAAAUAUUCAGUCUAUAAAAGAUAGUGCAAAAUUUUCAUUGGGCUUUUUAUCUGUUUCUCGGUCGGAUGAUGUAAGAGCUGAACUGUACAAACGCAUUUUUGACGGAGAAUUCAGCAGUUGGUACUCUAGCUUCGAAAUGACUAAAAAUCUUUCUGAUAACUCGGUUUGUUCUAACGUCGUUGCCAACAAUAACAAUUAUUUCUCAAACACACACACAUCAAAAUGUUCAACAUCCUCAAAAAGUCCCACCGAAAAACCACAAUUUGCACUUGAUUCUCAAAAUGUGAGCUCUGUCUGUUCGUCAAUCCUCCAUAAUCCACCAAACGAUGUAAUUACACUUCCUUGGCUUCCUCUUAGUCCAACUGAUGCAUUUAGUUUCCAGAGUUUAAGGUCACUUCCAACUCAAAACUCUUUUUCUAGAACUCUUUGUCUGGAAACUACUCAUGCAAAUAUUAUUCGGACACUUGACAAUCAUAGGCAACUGUCUCGAUCAAAUAUACUCAAUUCUACAGAGUGUAGUAUCUUACCUUCGACAAUAUGUGAAGAAAUGUGUCAGAUGUCUCAGGCUGGUGUAUUUUGUUCAGUAUGUCCACAGUCAUGUUCCACAGCUGUCGCUUUACCCAGUAUUAACUCUUCUGUAGAAGAGUAUUACGCCGAACUUCCCAAAGUAACUCAGUCAGUUACUUUAGAACUGGAUUCACGUCGUCCUCAUCCUAAUCGACCUAAAAGACCUCAUCCACGUACCGAUUCCGCUCAUUCUCAUUCACCGUCUCCGUUAUUAUCCAACGACCAAAAUUUAUUACCAACAACCACAGCUUUCAAUCAGUCGAUAACUGACCUAUGUUCUAAAAAUGAUCUGUCCCAUAUUAACGGUCACCAAACAUUAGAUAAUGGUUCAACCGUUUAUGCUGAAGUUAACGAUGCCUUCGUUUACAAAACACUUCCUCAUUGUUCUUCAUCAGGUUUUAUUCCUACCAAACUAUCCUCACAUGUAGAUCAUUAUGAAUUAACAGAUUCUGUACAGCAACUUAAUAAUUUAACUUUGUAUCCGAAUCUUUCGAGUUCUCCGUACAUCUCCAAAAUCCGUGAUAAUACUCAUGUAAAUGGUUCCCUUGUUUUAAAUAAUACACGCGAAAUGUGCCAUUCAAAUUCAUCGCGUGUGAAUCCAUUAUCGAAUAUCUUUUCGCAAUGCAAAGCUCGUGCUGAUACUUCCUUUGGAAGAACUAGCUUGCAGUUUAAUCCUAGACAUACAAACUUACCAGCUCUGCCUUCGAACGAGAUUUCAACCUCCAUAUCAACUCAUUCAGAUUCAAAUUUCUCGUUGCUUCCUUUUUUUUGUAUGCCUACUCAAACGACACGUUCCGUUUUAUGCCCCUCUUACUCCAACAUUUGUUCCACCCCAUUAUGUUCUUGGUCUACAUGUAGACAGCACGCGGUAAAUUUCAGUAGAUUUUCGAGAGUACCAAAUGUUUCAGCUUCUGGCUUGCAGUGUGCUCCAAAUACUUUUCCUCUCAAAUCUUCUACGUUUCUUGGACCUGUGAUGCCCAUAGAUCUCCCGUGCGAAUCUCUCCCUGUUUCUCAGUUGAAGCAAAAAAAAACAUUGACUUAUGUUGUUGAUUCGGCUGUCACUAACAUAUCGCCUGUUACAUCCGACUUGUCAAAUAAUCGAAAACGAUUUCCACGGAAUAUUUUAUCCAGUGCUAUAAAGCGAUGUAACAUUUGGUCACGAUAUAUGUUGAACAAUAGUCAUAACUCAAAAACUUAACUAUGCAUGCAAACAACAUCUACUGGAAUUUGUUCAUGUUAACAAAUACUGUGUUCUAACCAAAUAUUCUUCAUUAGAUUGUAUAAUGAUGAAAUGACUUCGUCGUAAUUAUCAGCUUCUAUAGAUCAGAUUGGUCUUUUUAACGGACUUAUUAUUGUAUUAUAAUAUGAGUUUUUAAUACCAGAAUUAUUCUCAUUAUAUUACGAGAUAACUUUACAUGAUCAUAUUACUUAAUCUAUUUUUUUAUUAUGUAUACUUAUUAAUGACACUUUUCAAGUGUCACCUUAUAUUCUAUGUUAACAUCAAUAUUGUUAACAAUAUUGCUAAAUCACUUCAUGUAUUAUCUAUUCUUUCACUUUUAUUCCCAUUGCAAAGUAAUCUUUUCAAUACAUUAGUAAAUAAUUUAUUUUAAAUAAACGAUUUUGCGAUUUCUUCUUAUUC